UAAAAUACGACCUAGCCCAGACUGGAAGUCUUGCAAUAAAGUGAUUUUAAGAUUGCAGGUUUGAUUCGCAGACAUUGUGGAAAUGUUCUCUUCCAUGUGGAUUAUUUUAGCUCAGCUCUUCUCGAGGACAGUUUUUUUUUUUCCUGCAUCCCUGCUUACGUCUGGCUGCCGGAGAACACAGAGUUCCGCAUUCCCGAGUCCUCCCAGCCAGGGAUCGGUAUAUAAACGUGCUGAUGCAACGCUUUCCCCUGUUCAAAAUCUACUCGAGACCUCCAGCUGACCUGAAGAAGGCACACCAAGGGAUCGCGGGAUCGAAGUCAGCUGUGGUGAAGGGCGUGCAUGCCAUGAUGCCCGGACAGAUCCCUGACCCUUCAGUGACGGCAGGCUCUUUACCCAGCCUUGGCCCGCUGGCUGGGAUCUCUGCCACGACGCUCACUGACCAGCUGAAAUACGCCGACCUGUGUAGCCUGGGAGCCAUGCUGUCUCCGCUGCACUUCUUGGGCAAGCUGAGCAAGCACCAUCUUCCUAUUAAAGCUGAGAAAGAUGAGGAGGAGGAGAGGAGGAAGAGGAGACGAGAAAAAAACAAAGUGGCGGCAGCACGAUGUCGAAACAAAAAGAAAGAACGAACAGAGUAUCUACAAAGGGAGUCCGAGAGGCUGGAGAUGAUGAACUCCGAGCUCAAAGCGCAAAUCGAGGAGCUGAAGCACGAGCGCCAGCAGCUUAUCCUCAUGCUCAACCGUCACCGGCCGACGUGCAUCGUUAGGACAGACAGCGUGAAAACCCCUGAGAGCGAGGCCAACCCCCUCCUGGAGCAGCUGGAGGCCAAAUGAGGAAAAGUACAGAGACUCGAGAGUGGUGCUUUUCCACAGUUACUGUUUACAGGUUAGCUUCCGUACAGCUAGCUAGAAGCACUUAGCUCUAAACUCUUGGACAUUUUAAGGUUGAACGAGUGAAGCACUCCGACCCGUACGCUUGGAGUUUUUGAGCCUUUGUGGAACUCCUGUCUCACCCACGCAUACAUGUGCCAAUCAGAUUGGGAGACGUGCUGACAGUUUGUAGAUUUUUUCUGUUUGUGGUCAUUAUGUGCGUAAUGGCUUUAUCUUAAUCCAACCAGGUUAACAUGACAGUUUGAUAGCAAAAACAAAGUGCAUUUCCUCAAGGUAUCACGUAAAGAUGUGUGUUUUGGCAAUGCAACUGGAUGAUUUGUUCUAAAGUCCAUGACAAAGUCAUGAUUUGCCCUUAUGAAUUUGCUUUUCUUUCUUUCUUUCUUUCUUUCUUUCUUUCUUUCUUUCUUUCUUUCUUUCUUUCUUUCUUUCUUUCUUCUCAUUUAAGACGCAGGCGUCAUGUAUGCACAUAUACAGUAUAUGGACUGUUUACAUCUUGUUCCUAUAGUUACCGACAUUUUAUAUAUAUAUUUUUUUCUGAUUUUUAUACUUCAUGUACAUUACAUUAUAUGGACUGUUAUCACUAGAUGUGAUACAUUUUAUAUUACUGCGAUAUAACAGAUAGUUAUAUAACCCCUUUUUUUCUGUGACUUACUCAUUAUGUUUAAUGGCUGUGAAGAAAUGCAAACAAUAUACACUAUGUAUUUGGGAAGUAUAUUCUACAGUCCUUAAUGAUUAAAUCAGCUCCUCUUCAA